CCACCACCAUCCGCACCAUCAUCCCCAGCAGCAGCAGUCGCACCACCACCACCAUUAUUAUUUCUACAACCACAGCCACAACCACCACCACCACCACCAUCACCAGCAGCCUCACCAAUACCUGCAGCAUGGAGCCGAGGGCAGUCCCAAGGCCCAGCCAAAGCCGCUGAAACAUGAGCAGAAACACGCCCUCCAGCAGCACCAGGAAACGCCGAAGAAGAAAACAGGCUAUAGUGAACUAAAUGGUAAUGCUGGAGAAAGAGAAAUAUCUUCAAAGAGCCUGGGUUCUGAUGAAGUUACCAACCCUAUUUCAAGGGUCCUCAAUGGCAACCAGCAAGUUGUAGACACUAGCCUGAAGCAGACUGUAAAGACCAGCACCUUUGGGAAAGCAGGAAUUAAAACCAAGAAUUUUAUUCAGAAAAACAGUAUGGACAAAAAGAAUGGGAAGUCUUAUGAAAGUAAAUCUGGAGAGAACCAGUCUGUAGAUAAGACUGAUUCUGUAUCAAUUCCAAAUGGUGUCGUGACAAAUAAUUCUAGCUAUAUUACUAAUGGUUAUAUAGGCAAAGGAGCAGAUAAUGAUGGUAGUGGAUCUGAGAGUGGAUAUACCACUCCUAAAAAGAGGAAAGCUAGGCGCAAUAGUACUAAGGGUUGUGAAAACCUUAAUUUAGUGCAGGACAAAAUAAUGCCACAAGAGACCAGUGUCCCAACCUUAAAACAGGGACUUGAAACUUUCAAGCCUGACUACAGUGAAAAGGGAAACCGAGUAGAUGGUUCAAAGCCUAUUUGGAAGUAUGAAACUGGUCCUGGAGGAACAAGUCGAGGAAAAUCUGCUAUGGGUGAUAUGCUUCGGAAAAGUUCGGAUAUUAAACCUGGUGUGAGCAGCAAAAAGUUUGAUGAUCGGCCCAAAGGAAAACAUGCUUCAGCUGUUUCCUCCAAAGAGGACUCGUGGACCCUAUUUAAACCACCUCCAGUUUUUCCAGUGGACAAUAGCAGUGCUAAAAUAGUUCCUAAAAUAAGUUAUGCAAGCAAAGUUAAGGAAAACCUCAACAAAACUAUACAGAACUCUUCUGUGUCACCAUCUUCAUCUUCAUCCUCUUCAUCAUCUACUGGAGAAACUCAGACCCAAUCUUCAAGUCGGUUAACCCAGGUCCCUAUGUCAGCGCUGAAAUCUGUUACUUCUGCCAACUUCUCUAAUGGGCCUGUUUUAGCAGGGACUGAUGCAAGUGUGUAUCCUCCGGGGGGUCAGCCACUGCUAACUACUGCUGCUAGUACUCUGACACCUAUCUCAUCUGGGGCUGAUUCAGUUCUUCAGGACAUGAGUUUAACUUCAGCAGCUGUUGAACAAAUUAAGUCUAGCCUUUUUAUCUACCCUUCAAAUAUGCAAACUGUGCUUUUAAGCACAGCACAAGUGGAUCUGCCCUCUCAAACAGAUCAGCAGAAUCUGGGAGAUAUCUUCCAGAAUCAGUGGGGUUUAUCAUUCAUAAAUGAACCCAGUGCUGGCCCUGAGACUGUUAUUGGAAAGUCAUCAGAUCAUAAAGUGAUGGAGGUGACAUUUCAAGGAGAAUAUCCUGCCACUUUGGUUUCACAGGGUGCUGAAAUAAUCCCCUCAGGAACUGAGCAUCCUGUGUUUCCCAAGGCUUAUGAGCUGGAGAAACGGACUAGUCCUCAAGUUCUGGGUAGCAUUCUAAAAUCUGGGACUACUGGUGAAAGUGGAGCCUUAUCCUUGGAACCCAGUCAUAUAGGUGACCUGCAGAAAGCAGACACCAAUAGUCAAGGUGCUUUAGUGUUUCUCUCAAAGGACUACGAGAUAGAAAAUCAAAAUCCUCUGGUCUCUCCUACGAACACUUUGUUAGGCUCCGCCAAAGAACAGAGAUACCAGAGAGGCCUAGAAAGGAACGAUAGCUGGGGUUCUUUUGACCUGAGGGCUGCUAUUGUAUAUCACACUAAAG